AUGGCCUCAGCUACCACCAGAUUCGCAGAGCCAAAGCUCUCAGAGCUCGUUCCUACCCUUACAGGCGAAUCCAACUUCGCUUCGUACAAGAUCGCUCAGCCAGCUUCCGACGAUCCAGCCUUUACAGAGUGGCUCCGUCACUCUCGUCACCUUCUUUCGUACCUUCACGCUACUGUCCACGCUUCGCUUAAGCCUUACAUCAAUACUGCUCUUAACGCUCCCGCUACUUAUCCGUGGCUCAACAGCCUUCGGCCCUCAGUCAAUAAUCCUUCCGAACAAGUUCUGAUCAGUACAUUCUCUGACUUCGUUAUCUCCGAGAAUCGACGUCUCGCGAGUCAUCCUAAUUUCAACUCCGAUCCCGUCUUUUACAACGCAAACGCGGUUCACAGACCAGCCAAAGACGCUAAACCAAAGCAUUUUUGUACUUUCCACCAGCGAAAGGCCGCUCACACAUCAGAGGAAUACUUCCGGAACCCCGCUAACGCCGACAACGCUAAGUUCAUUACGGACAGCCACGAAACGCGCACUCGCCUCAUCAAUGCUGUUCAGCUGGUUGAUCUUCAAUCGAUCACCUUGUUCCACCAAUUAUUUCACCGCAUCAACAUCACCUCUUUCGGUGGCUAA